AUGAAGCACACGAUAGACAUCGAGUGCUCCGGACAUGACUUGCAUUCACUGUUUUAUCAAUUCUUAGACGAAUUCCUCUUUGGCUUCUCUGCCGAACCCUUCUUUAUAGCCCGGAAAGUGAAAAUCUUAGAGUUUGACAGAGAGUCCCAUACUAUCAAAGCCAGAGGUUAUGGCGAGACAUUCAAUCUCGAUAAACACCCACAGGGGACAGAAGUGAAAGCCAUAACGUUUUCAAAUAUGCAAAUCCACGAGAAGGUCGGCCGAAGCGAUGUCUACGUUAUCAUUGAUAUCUAG